AACUAACACAUUCAUCUAAAGAUCCUUGGCUACAUGUGGUAAUGUAGCUUGCAAACGCAACAUGGCGGGCUCAAAGUAUGCGUAUGUGCGCAGCUUCGAGCUGCCGGACCCGAUUCUUCCAAAUGUGUUCAUGGUAGUACGCAUUGACGGUAAAGGCUUCCACAAAUUUUCUGUAGCUCAUGGAUUUGCCAAGCCCAAUGAUGCUCCAGCGCUGGAGCUCAUGAACCAUGCUGCGCGACACGUGAUGCAAGAGCUGAAAGGCGAGGUGGUUUUGGCCUUUGGCGAGAGUGACGAAUACAGCUUCCUGCUGAAACGGCAAUGCACGCUCUACAAUCGAAGAGAAAGCAAAAUCGUGACCCACAUCGUCUCUAUGUUCACCGCCGGCUAUGUCUUCAACUGGAGCAAAUACUUUCCUGACAACCCGAUGCUGCAGCUACCCUCCUUCGAUGGGCGUCUUGUGGUAUAUCCUGGCAUUCAAGAGGUGCGGGAUUACUAUGCCUGGCGGCAAGUGGAUACCCACAUCAACAACCUAUAUAACACCACAUUCUGGGCACUCAUUCAAGAAGGUAGCCAGACGGAAACACAAGCGCACGAGACCCUACAGGGUACCGUCUCGGGUGACAAAAACGAGAUUCUGCAUGCCCGUUUUGGCAUCAAUUAUGAUAAGCUGCCGCCGAUGUUCCGCAAGGGCACAACAAUCCUAUGGGCGCCUAAGGCUCCCACUCGAGACCAUGCCAUUGCAGAGGCGAAGGCGAUCGAAAGCACACGCCCCUCUGACGACCAGGUACGGCCCAAGGCCAAUUGGAACGCGUCGCCCUCUGCGAAAGUCAAGAAAGAACUCCGAACCAUGCACGUCGAUAUCAUCGGCGACGCUUUUUGGAAGGCGCCUCAAGGCGUGCCUGCAACUGCAGCAUCACCGUCCUCAACUGCUUUAUUGUCGGAACCAUGGUCUGACCCUCUGCGAUUAGAUCCAAACGUAACUGCGUUCGGACUUCUAGACUAGGAUACCAAGCUGGGCACAGGAACGAGGGUUGAUUGCAAUGCUUGGACAUGUUGUACAAUAGUGAUGCUGGCAGCUGUAUCAGUAGGCAAAUAGUCGCGGGCAAAUCG